AUGGUUACUGUCAAAAAUUUGAAUGUGGAUUUAGAACCAUAUACAUCUUUAGUAGAAAGAAAAUAUGUGCCAUAUUUUAUACUUGUAUAUCAAAUUUAUUCUUUCAUAAGUAUUAUUGUUUUACUAGAUUAUUUACAUGAACAGAAGAUAAAGCGUAGCAUCAAAACAGGAAUCUUUUUAUGCUUCAUUACCUCAGUUAAUGUAGGAUUGUCCCUUUUUUUCUUACUGCUAUAUUUUAACGUAUGUUUGUAA